CUGGGCAUGUGUCUGUCCUGUGGACUCUGAGGACUUUUAAGCUGUCUGUCUGCACCGCUGGGACCAUGGGAGGCAGCGUCAGGACCCAGACCCUCACCGCCCUUCUGUGUCUCGGGCUGUGUCGGGGUCCAUGGGACCAGGUACAGGCAGGGUACCUUCCCAAACCCUCCAUCAGGGCUGACCCCAGCCCCAAUGUCACCAGGGGGACCCCUGUGACCAUCUGGUGUCAGGCAUCUCUCCAGGCUGAUGUCUACUAUCUGUAUAAAGAGAGGGUCUCUGAACCCACGUCCAUGGAGAUCUCACAGGAUUCCAGCAACAAGGCCAGUUUCUCCCUUGGAUUCAUGAGUCCGCACAAUGCAGGGCGAUACCAGUGUCAAUAUCACAGCAGGAACGGCUGGUCACAGCGGAGUGACCUCCUGCCCCUGGUGGUGACAGGAGUGUACAACCCACCCUCCCUCUCAGCCAUCCCAGGCCCUGUGGUGUCCUCAGGAGGGAACGUGUCCCUCUCCUGUAGCUCACAGUACCCAGGGCAAACCUUCCGUCUGCUGAAGGAGGGGGGAGCUGACGCGCCCCGACCCCUGGAAUUGAAGUUCCCUCGUGAGAAGAGUCAGGCACUGUUCCCUGUGGGCCCCGUGAGCAUCUCCCAUGGGGGGACCUACAGGUGCUACGUUUCUCCAGCUUCCUACCCGUAUGUGUGGUCACUCCCCAGUGACCCUCUGCACCUUCAGGUCACAGGUGCCUACAGGGAGCCCACCCUCUCAGCCCAGUUGGGCUCACUAGUGCAGCCUGGAGACAACCUGACCCUCCAGUGUCACUCUGAGGCUGGAUUUGACACAUUCGCUCUGAUGAAGGAUGAGGGGCUCACACCUCCCGUGUGUCUAGAUGGGCAGCCCAGCCCCAACUUCUCCCUGGGCUGUGUGACCCCCUCCCACGGGGGCCACUACAGAUGUUAUGGUGGACAAAACCUCUCUUCCACAUGGUCGGUCCCGAGUGCCCCCUUGGACAUCCUGAUCACAAGCCUGUACAGGAAACCGUCCCUCUCGGCCCAGCCGGGGCCCUCAGUGUCCUGGGGAGAGAGUGUGACCCUGCAGUGUCGCUCGGAAAUCUGGCUCGACACCUUCUACCUGUCCAAGGAGGGGUCACCUGCUCCUCCCCAGCACAUUCGUCUGCAGGACACAACUGCACCUUAUCAGGUCAACUUCAACAUGAGUCCUGUGACCUCAGACCAUGAGGGGACCUACAGGUGCUACGCCUCAUCCAGCACCUCUCCCUACCUGUUGUCACACCCCAGUGACCCCCUGGAGCUGCUGGUCUCAGCAGCUGACACCAUCCUCCCAUCACAAAACAAGUCAGACCCCAACAGUGACUCCCACUCCAAAGAUUACACAGUGGAGAAUCUCAUCCGCAUGGGCAUGGCUGGCUUGAUUCUGGUGGUCCUUGGGAUUCUACUAUUUCAGGAUCACUCCAGUCAGAGGAGAAUCCAAGAUGAGGCCAGGAGCUGUGUCUGCACUGACAUGAGGCUGCAGAGGAGCCAGAACCCACACCCCCUGCAGCAUCUCCAGGGCCUGGGGACCCUGUGGGAGGCAGACCAGCCCCCAAGUGACCACACCCUGUGCUUCUGUCUGUCCUCCAAGCACCAAGAUCCCUCCCUCUGCACAGCCGGGGCCAGAGGCAGAGACGCCAUGACCCCCACCCUCACUGCCCUGCUCCUCCUCGGUCUGAGUGUGGAACCCAGGACCCGAACGCAGGCAGGUGAGUGGACCCUCCCCACCAUCUGGGCUGAGCCAGGCUCUGUGGUCCCCUGGGGUAGCGCUGUGAACAUCUGGUGUCAGGGGACCCUGGAGGCCCAGAAGCUCCAUGUGUAUAGAGAGGAAGGCUCAGUGUACCUGGACAGACAGCCCACACUAGAGCCUGGGAACAAGGCCAAGUUCUCCAUCACACACAUGACAGAUGGACAUGCAGGACGGUAUCACUGUUCCUAUCAAAGCCCCGCUGGCUUGUCAGAGCGCAGUGACCCCCUGGAGCUGGUGGUGACAGGAUUCCAUGGCAAACCCCGUCUCUCAGCCCUGCCCAGCCCCGUCGUGACCUCAGGAGGGAAGGUGACCUUCCAGUGCACCUCAUGGGUAGGAUUCCAUAGGUUCGUCCUGAUGAGGGAAGGAGAGCCCAGACCCGCCUGGACCCUCGACUCCCAGCGACACACCAGUGGGCAGUUCCAGGCCCUGUUUCCUGUGGGCCCUGUGACCCCCAGGCUCAGGUGGACCUUCAGAUGCUAUGGCUAUUUCAGCAACACCCCCCACAUGUGGUCACUCUCCAGUGACCCUCUGGAGCUCCUGGUCUCAGGUGUGUCCAGGAAGCCCUCCCUCCUGACCCAGCAGAGCCCUUUCUUGACCCCUGGACAGAGGCUGAUCCUCCAGUGUCGCUCUGACGUCGGCUAUGACAGAUUCGCUCUGUACAAGGAGGCGGCACGUGACCUUCCCCAGCGCCUUACCCUGCAGCCCCAGGCUGGGCUCUCAGGGGCCGACUUCCCCCUGGGCCCAGUGAGCAGCUCCCACGGGGGCCGGUACACAUGCUAUGGUGGACACAACCUCUCCUCCGAGUGGUCGGCCCCCAGUGACCCCCUGGACAUCCUGGUCACAGGACAGCUCCUCUCCACACCCUCCCUCUCAGUGCAGCCGGGACCCAUGGUGGCCUCAGGAGAGAAUGUGACCCUGCUGUGUCAGUCCUGGAGCUUUGUGGACACUUUCCUUCUGUACAAGGAGAGGGCAGCCGACCCUCCCCUGCGUCUUAGAUCAAAGUACCAAGCUGGACAUUACCAGGCCAAAUUCUCCAUGAGUCCUGUGACCUCAGCCCAGGGGGGGACCUACAGGUGCUACGGCUCAUACAGCAACUUCCCCUACCUGUUGUCACACCCCAGUGACCCCCUGGAGCUCCAGGUCUCAGGAUCCUCUGGAGAGCCUGGCCCCCCAGCCACAGAUCCCAGCUCAACAGCUGGUCCCAACCGGUACCUGUACGUCCUCAUCGGGGCCGCGGGGGCCUUCGUCCUGCUGCUCUGCCUCCUCGUCGUCCUCCUCGUCCGUCGCCGGCGUCAGGGCAAAGGCAGGAAGCCGGGGGCCGCAGACCCAGAGCCCCAGGACAGAGGCCUGCAGGACAGCUCCGGGCCAGCUGCCGCCACCCAGGAGGAGACCCUCUCAGAUGCCGCCGUGCAAGACGCACAGCCCGAGGAGGGGGUGGAGCUGGACCAGCGGGUCUCUAGGCCCCAUUCGUUCAUUUGCCCGGCAAAUGUGCACGGAGAGCCCACCGUUUACCAGGCCCCACCUAGUGCUGCAGGCACGACAGUGAGCAAACCUGACCCACGCUCGGACGCGGAGGAUGGAGACCCCCAAGGAACGAUGUAUGCCCAGGUGAGCCACUCAAGAUCAAGACUCAGUCGGGGACCGGCCACUUCUCCUUCCCCCCUGUGGGGGGGAUUGCCGGACACAGGAGACAAACAAGCAGAGGAAGACAGGCAGAUGGACAGUCAGGUGGGUCCUCUCUUCUCCAGGCUCCCAGGCUCCCCCCACGCUAACCACACACCUCCCCUCUCCCUCCGCCCACUGCAGGCUGCCGCAUCUGACGCCCCCCCAGAUGUGACCUACGCCCAGCUGAACCGCUUGACGCUCAGACGGGAGACGAGUGCACCCCAUUCCUCCCAAGCCAGGAAGCCUCCAGCAGAGCCCAGCGUGUAUGCUGCUCUGGCCAUCCGCUAGCCCAGGAAGGACCCACACCCCACACUCCAGGGAGGGGACCGCGGGGACCCCAGGAGGCGCGGGAGCUGCCCACAGAGGCCGCCUAAUGGCCCCAGCCAGCCUGGACUCCUAACAUAGACCAGUAAGAACUCCUGGGACCUUCUGGGAGUGACCGGAUUCUGCCAUCAAAGAUAGCUAGAGCCCCUACAUUUUGGAAAUAAAGCAACAGACUUCUCGAUAAUCCGUGAGCGAAAUGAGAAACCCAAAAUGGAAAUGGGAGAAUGCUUACGCUGAAUAAUGUAAAUGUUACACAUCAGACCUAUGGCGCAGGAAAAUUAGCAACCGGGAACGAACGUAUUUCAAAAAAAAAGCCUAAAAAGUCAAUGGCAUAAACUAUUGUACCAAGAAUUUAGAAAAAAUAGCAAAUUAUUCCAAAUGAAGGUAGAAGGAAGGAAAUUAUAGCGAUAAGAGUAGCUACUAAUGAAGACAAACAAAAAAUAGAGCAUAAUCAAUAAAGCCCAAACGUUUAUUCGUGAAAACAUGAAACAUAUUCAUAAAUCCUAGCCACGAUGCCAAGAAAGACAGAGAGAGAGAAACAGACAGAGACAGAGAAAGAGGACAUUAUGAGCACAGCAUCACAUCCUAUGGACUUUAAAUACAUAACAGAAUUAUUAUGUUUAUUUUUAUUACUUAUUAUUAUAUUAUUAACAAUUUUGUGCUAAUACAUUAGAAAAUGUAGAGGAAAUGGACAAUUCUCAAAAAUGCAAAAUGAUGGAAUAGGGAUAAAUAGAAACUCUAAAUGCCGUAUGUAUAAAAUAUGUUGAAUACACAAUUAAAGUUUUUUCCACAAAGUGAA